AUGGUUGCAAGAAAUAUGAGUGUGGAGACAAGCUUUGCCCUCUUGGGUCUCACAGGUUUCCCAGAGGUUCAAAUUUCUCUCUUCCUUGUGUUUCUGAUCAUGUAUGUUAUGACUGUAGUAGGAAAUCUUGGGAUGAUAAUAAUCAUCAAGAUUAACCCAAAAUUUCAUACUCCCAUGUACUUUUUCCUUAGCCACCUUUCUUUUCUUUAUUUUUGUUACUCUUCCACUGUUACUCCAAAGCUGCUUGAGAACCUGGUCAUGGCUGAUACAAGUAUCUUCUACUCUAGCUGCAUGUUGCCGUACUUCAUGUCCUGCACUGCUGUGGUGAGUGAGUCCUUCUCACUGACACUGAUGACCUAUGACCGCUUUGCGGCCAUCUGUAGUCCUCUGCUUUAUACAGUAACCAUGUCACAAAGUCUCGGUCCCCUGCUGGUGGCUGGGUCAUAUCUAUGGGGUAUGUUUAGCCCCUUAGUACUCCUAAGCUAUACUCUCCAGCUAAACUUUUGUAGACAUAACAUAAUCAACCACUGUUUCUGUGACUAUACUGUUCUCAUUGCUGUCUUGAGCUCUGAUAUACACAUUCCCCAGUUACUGCUCUUUGGUUUUGCUACCUUCAAUGAGGUGAGUACACUACUCAUUGUCCUUGCUUCAUACAUAUUUAUUUUUGUGACUGUACUAAACAUAAGUUCUUCUAGCAGGUGUUGCAAAGCCUUCUCCACCUGUGCCUCCCACCUGACCACCAUGAUCAUCUUCUGUGGGACCAUUCUUUCCCUCUACUGUGUGCCCAACUCCAGAAACUGUCAGCAAACUUUCAAAGGGGUCUCUGUAUUUUACACGGUGGUCAACCCCAUGUUGAACCCGCUAACUUAA